AUGAGGAUAAUUGUGGCAGCUUUCGACCAACUGCCAACUGCACGGGUUUCUACUGUGGACAUAAUGCCACACACUCACAGACCAAUAACUUCCUCUAUUGGGACAAUUUCAUUCAUGAUCAGUCACCAGGGUCAUUCACGAAAUGAAAUCGCCUUUGUCCACCAACCUGUCCACACGAGGCAUCAUAAAGAGAAUAUCGUUAAUGGCACUUUGACACCCACCCUCCCACUCACCUACAACCCACCAACCCACCCACCCACCUACCUACCUACCCACACACGCACAAACACGUAUAUACGUGUGCAUGUGUGCAUGCCAUCAUUUGUAGGUGUGAAGUGGUCAAAGCGAUACUCGGUGUUGGAGGACGUGGCACAACCCAUCUUCUUAGUCAGGCGGCCGAUUAAUUUUGCAUACGACUCCAUUUCGACCGCUGCAAUGAAGUUUGCCUCGAUGCAGUAG